CAGAAGUUGCACCAUCGUUUGUUCUCUUCAACUGCAUAUCAAAAGAGCCACUCUGCCUACUUCAGCAAUCAUGCACGUUGUUAAAAGACUUAUCCUGCGGAAGUUCGGCGACGGAAGCCGUACAAAUAACUUGAACCGAUUCCUUACGGCCAACUCGCAAGGCGCCCACACCCUUCACUGAACUACCCACUAGACUAACUUCAUUCGGCACCCGCGCGUCCCGUUCCUGAGACAAGUGAGACAAAACUCGGGGCGCCCAUCACCGAUUUUUUUACAGCGGGAUAACGCCUGACCAUCUGCGUCUUGGCUGCCUCCAUAAGCAAGCGCCCCGGACGCUAUUGGAGCUUUUUUUCUUUCCAUCUUACAUCCGUUCCUAUCCUGGGGGCCUAAGCUCGCUUUUACAUAUAGAUCAGUUAUAUCCAGAUAUCCCCAGCAACAUAGCCACACUCCUUUGCCCGCAUUGAUCUCUUUCAAAAUGGCUCCGACGACUACCACGCUCCCUAAGGAUGCCUCCUACGACUUCAUCAUCGUCGGCGGCGGCACAGCGGGCUGUGUCAUUGCCUCUCGUUUGUCCGAAUACCUGCCCCACAAGUCCGUCCUCCUCAUUGAGGCAGGCCCCAGCGAUUUCAAGGACGACCGUGUUCUGCUGCUGAAGGACUGGCUGAGUCUGCUGGGAGGCGAGCUGGACUACGAUUAUGGCACCACCGAACAGCCCAUGGGUAACUCGUAUAUCCGGCACUCUCGUGCAAAGGUCCUCGGCGGCUGCUCCUCCCAUAACACUCUAAUCUCUUUCCGCCCAUUUGAGUACGAUUGCAAGAGGUGGGAGGCGCAAGGUUGCAAAGGUUGGGGUUUCAAAACGUUCAUGCGGGUGCUGGACAACCUCCGCAAUACCGUGCAGCCCGUACAUGAGAGGCACAGGAAUCAGCUCUGCCUCGACUGGGUGGAUUCCUGCUCCAAGGCCCUGAACAUUCCCGUCUGCCAUGACUUCAACCACGAAAUCAAAACCAAAGGGGGAUUGAGACCUUGCGUUGGCUUCUUCUCCGUUUCCUACAAUCCCGAUGAUGGCCGCCGCAGCAGCGCGAGCGUUGCCUACAUUCAUCCUAUCCUCCGUGGAGACGAAAACCGCAACAACUUGACCGUCUUGACCAAUGCCUGGGUCAGCAAGGUCAACGUUGCGGGCGACAGGGUCACCGGCGUCAACGUGACCUUCCAGGACGGCGAGAAGCGCACGCUGAACCCCAAGGCUGAGACCAUCCUCUGCGCAGGCGCCGUGGAUACGCCCCGCCUACUCCUUCUCUCCGGUCUAGGUCCCAAGCAGCAGCUGUCUGAACUCGGCAUCCCGGUCGUCAAGGACAUUCCCGGUGUUGGCGAGAACCUGCUAGAUCAUCCGGAAAGUAUCAUUAUCUGGGAAUUGAACAAGCCAGUACCUCCGAACCAGACCACCAUGGACUCGGAUGCUGGCAUCUUCCUGCGCCGCGAAGUUCCCAAUGCGGCGGGCGACGAUGGUGACAUUGUCGAUAUCAUGAUGCACUGCUAUCAGAUUCCCUUCUGUUUGAAUACAGCUCGCCUCGGUUAUGACACGCCCAUUGACGCCUUCUGCAUGACGCCCAACAUCCCUCGUCCGCGUUCUCGCGGCCGCAUCUAUCUCACCUCUGCCGACCCCUCGGUUAAGCCUGCCCUGGACUUCCGCUACUUCACCGAUCCCGAGGGCUAUGAUGCUGCCACCAUCGUCGCCGGCCUCAAGGCUGCCCGCGAGGUUGCCAAGCAGGCCCCCUUCAAGGACUGGAUCAAACGCGAGGUCGCCCCUGGCCCUGCCAUCACCUCCGACGAGGCACUCUCCGAGUAUGGACGCAAGGUUGCGCAUACGGUCUACCACCCCGCAGGCACCACCAAGAUGGGUGACGUGCAGCGCGAUCCGCUCGCCGUUGUAGAUCCCGAGUUGAGAAUCCGUGGCCUGAAGGGCGUGAGGAUUGCAGAUGCAGGUGUCUUCCCGGAGAUGACGACCAUCAACCCCAUGUUGACCGUUUUGGGUGUUGGGGAGAGGGCUGCUGAGCUGAUUGCGCAGAGCUGGGGUUGGAGGGGUCUGGAGAAGGAGAAGUUGUGAGGUCGCCAUGGCCUCUAGCUGAGCGUACGAGUGUGAUGUUCACGCGUGUAUGAUUGAUUUCUCUAUUCUUAUGGCGGGAGUACCGCGUCCGCUAUUAUAGAGUAGACUCUUGUGGCAUUUGGAGGAAAAGUUGUGCAUUUUUACAUCUAGAUGCCUUGGUGGGCGGGUCGUAUAUACCUCAGUUUUGAUUACCCAAGAUAUUACCAAUAGUAGGAUGACCGUAUGUCCUUGUCUCCGCGUUGAGAUUGCGCGGUCUCUGUACAUGGAGUACGGUCAUUGUUCACGG